CGAAAGUUGGAGAGUUCGAUGCAAAUAAGCGGUCGUACAAUGAACUGGAAAGCGGCUUUUAUUCGCGGUUUGCCCGAGGCGCCAAAGAGGAAACAAAUCAUGCAUCUCGUUCGACUUGUCAAUAUCGAUCCGAAAAGGAGGAUGUUAGAAUCCAGCUCUACACACCGGCCACUCGCGGCACUUGUUUAGUUACUUUUUCCACAAAGGAAUCAGCAACGAAAUUCAUCAAAAAUUUCGAUGGCCAAGAGUUUCUCUCAACCGGAAAAAAGCUUAAAGUCGAACAAGCAAGCUUUGAUUCGAGGAAACAAGCAGCUGAUGGUCAAGCGAAAGGCACUCCGGCAGCCGCGCCAACUUUUGUCGCCGACAAGAAAAAGGACAGCAAGAAACUGCUGGGCAACAGUGUCACUGUAAAGUUGGCCGGUCCUGUUGCCACCUGUAUCGCCAUGUUUCAAGAUGAGGCAAGCGCUAAGAAGAUCCUUGACAAAUGGAACGGGAAACUGUAUCCGGGCACUUCGAAAGAGUUGAGUGUUGAUUAUUGGAAGGUUUUAGAGGGAUCCACCUCAAAGAAUGAGCCGAAAAGCCAAAAGAAAGCUGAGAACAAUGAGAAAAACGAGCAGAAAUUGAAGCCUCAAAAUCAACAAACACAAAAGGGCCAACAAAAGUCUGAAAUGCAAAAAAGCCUUCCCGGAAACAUUGUUUUCCUUCGAAAUCUCCCCUUGGAGACAACGGAGAGCGAUCUUGUGGUUAUGUUUCAUCAAAGAGCACAAAUAGCUCAAAAUCCUGGAGAUCGACGUAAUAAAAUCGAUUUUCAAGCGGCUGGCGCGAAUGCAAAGUUUAAAUUCGCGAAAAUCACUUUUGUGACUGAUCAGGACGCUCAAAAGAUUGUUCGCGAAUUUGACGGAAAAAAGUUCCCGAAUAGCGACCGAGUGAUGGGCGCCGCAAUUUUUGGCCAGAAGAAGGCCGAGAAAGCGGCAGGCCCGUCCGGUGGUCAAAACAAGAAAAAUAAUCAAACGGCUACGAAUAUCGUUGUGGUGAAAGGUCUCCCGUUCGAGACAACCGUCAACGAUAUUGUCGCCAAAUUUCAUGGGGUUUCCAAAAUUCAAAUGGACCCUAAUGGUUAUGAAAGGGUAACCCUUCACAAGAAUCCGGAUGGCACCCCGACUGGACGGGCCACCAUCGUUUUCAAAGAGGCUGAUGGGGCACAAAAGAUUGUCUUCGAGUUUAACAAUGCCGAUUUUCAAAUUGGACACAGUCGACCUAGAAAGAUUCAGGCUCCACAGCCACCUCAACAGCAGCAGAAAAAGCAAAAACCCGCGAAGCAGCAGACGUCCCGUCCUCAACAGCCUCAGCACCUUCACCAAAUGAGUCCCGCAACCUCGUAUCAGCCACAACAAGUAGUUUUUCAUCAUCGU